AUGCCCGGGACACCUGCGGUGCUGCUCCUGCGGGAUGGGCAUGGACUGAGACGCUGCAGAAGCCCUGAGCUGACUUGGAAGGAGGGCGUGCGCAGGCAGUGGGGUCAACGUCGGCCGCCACUGGGGCGUCGCCCCGUCACCCACCCCUGGCCGCCCUCGGCUCUACGUCGGUUGCCGUGCGUCCGGCGGGCCGGGCAGCGUGUGGGGCGCUUGGGGGUCGCGGCCUGCGCUCAGAGUCCCCGUCCCGGGGCCCGAGGCACGAGGUCCUGCCAGGUGUGUGGCCGAGGGCGGCGCCGGCCUGCUGGUCCCACGGACGUCCCGUCCCUGGACAGAGAAUUUGCUGUUUCCCUUUUCUGGGUUGCAGCGGCCGUGACCGUGGGUGGCAGCGGCUCAGCGGGGGAAGCAGGCGCGUUCGGGGGCCGCGCCUUCCGGGGCCAACCUCACAGGGACUUUCGGGGGCUGGUGGUGUUGAUGAAACCGGUUACUAAGAAACCUGUAGCCGCACAGCGCAGAGCAGGGCGGCCCCCGCCUGCGGGGCUGGUGCAUUUGCUCAGGAAAGGGGUGGCGCAGCUGCUGGCCUGUCCUCGUGGACACGGCGUGGACCGGAGGCCAGGGCACUCGGCCUCGGGCUGCCGGGCUCCUCCUUCUCAGUGGGGUUCCCCGGGGAUCCCGCCCCUGGACCGUCUUGGUGCAGGGGAAGGGAAACCCGCGUGUGUGGUCUGGGCCUGCGCCUGCGCCCCUCCUGCAGCUGGUCUCCUGGGGGGGCACCCCACUGCUGGGGUCGGGGUUCACGCUCGCCGGGUGAAGGAAGUGCCGGGUGCCAGCUGGGGCUGCAGGCAGCUGGAGGAGUUCACGAGCCUGCACAGCUUUAAGAACAAAGUCUUUAAAAAGCCCAAGGUCUGUGGGGUUUGCAAGCAGAUUAUCGACAGCCACGGGAUUUUAUGCCGAGCAUUUCGUUGUAUUCGGGACAGAAGCGGAGUGAAAACCAAGUGUCUGCCUUGUCAAUUUCGUGCCUAGCGGACACCUGCCUGCAAAGCAUGCACACUCCUUUGGAUUGAGCUUAGGACUUGAACCCCCCACAUGCUGAGCACCUGUACGCUUCGGUUCCAAAGGAUUUUGUUCGAUAUGGAACGCAAGUUUUGCGAGAGGCAAAUGUGUCUUAGUUUAAUCCAGCAACUUCUGAGGAAUUCCUCCCUCAGAUGGGAGCUACAUACUAACUUCCAAACCUGAGAACCUAGCUGUAAGCUCUCUCUCUGGGGAAUUUCCCUCUUGGAGAUAAGCUGAAACGUGGUCCUUCCCAGUUUGACACUGCCUGCAGAUACAGUUACGAACAUCCUCAUUAGACAUGUUUGUCAGAAGCUCAUGGGACGCAAGGGGUAACCUGUAGGCUUCAAGGUUUUGUCUUUAGGUGCAGUAAAGCGGUAUUCAUGGAA